CGCCGCGCUGGGGCUGCGGCAGCGCCGGGGCAGCGGCGGGAUGCGCCCUGCGGAGUGAGCGCAGCCCCGCCUGACGCCCCGCGCCGCUCUCGGCGCCUCCGCCCCGCCCGCCUCCGCUCUGGCUUCGGGCCCCUUCUCUCUGCGCUGCGGCGGGCGGAGGCGGCGGAAGGAGAAGCCCAUGGAGGGGAACCGGGACGAGGCCGAGAAGUGCAUCGGGAUCGCGCGGGAGGCGCUGGAGGCCGGGAACCGCGACCGCGCCCUCCGCUUCCUGGGCAAGGCGCAGAAGCUCUACCCGACCGACACGGCCCGAGUUCUGUUGGAAGCUAUUAUGAAGAAUGGAAGUACUGCUGGGGGAGGCGCUUACUGCCGAAAAUCAGCCAGUAGCAGUGAUCAAAGUAAGCCCAAUAACACGAAGGAGGGCAAUGCAUCUGCUGCAGGUGAAAGUGGAAAAGGCUACAACAAAGACCAAAUGGAAGGAGUAUUAAGUAUAAAGAAAUGUAAAAAUUAUUACGAAGUCCUUGGAGUGUCAAAGGACGCGGGUGAAGAAGACCUAAAGAAGGCUUAUAGAAAACUUGCUUUGAAAUUCCACCCAGACAAAAACCAUGCACCUGGAGCAACAGAGGCUUUUAAAAAAAUCGGAAAUGCAUAUGCUGUGCUGAGUAAUCCAGAAAAACGAAAGCAGUAUGACCUUACAGGCAGCGAAGAGCAAACUUGCAAUCACCCUAGCAAUGGCAGAUUCAACUUCCAUAGAGGUUGUGAGGCAGAUAUUACUCCAGAGGAUCUGUUCAACAUGUUUUUUGGAGGGGCCUUUCCAACAGGUAGUGUACACUCAUUUUCUAAUGGUCGUGCUGGCUACAGCCAUCCAAACCAGCACCGUCAGAGUGGGCACGAGAGGGAGGAAGAGAGGGGUGAUGGAGGUUUCUCUAUGGUCAUUCAGCUGAUGCCUAUUAUUGUGUUGAUCUUUGUCUCCUUGUUGAGCCAGUUGAUGGUAUCUAACCCUCCUUACGCCUUAUAUCCAAGAUCAAGUACAGGGCAGACCAUAAAAAUGCAGACAGAAAAUUUGGGUGUCAUUUAUUAUGUCAAUAAGGACUUUAGAAAUGAAUACAAAGGAGUGUCGCUACAGAAAGUUGAAAAGAGUGUGGAAGAGGAUUAUGUGUCCAACAUUCGUAAUAACUGUUGGAAGGAGAGGCAACAAAAAACAGACUUACUUUAUGCAGCAAAAGUAUAUCGAGACGACCGCCUCCGAAAGAAAGCAGAGUCCAUGUCCAUGGAGAACUGCAAAGAACUAGAACGGCUGACCAGCCUCUACCGAGGAGAAUGAGCUACAGUUACACACACACCUUACGUAUGCUGUUAUCUCUCCUGUAAACUGACAAGAGAUUUAGUUUCACCGUGGAUGCUGGAAAAGAGGGUGGAUGUAAAACUCUACUGUGUAGCUGUUUCCAGAAACCUUAUGCUGAAAUAUCAUUUAACGGCUUCUUUACCUACUGUGAAAUAUAGGUAACUUUAAUUGUCUAGAUUUUACUUCAAAGCUUCUGUGAAUUCUUUCAGCAGAGAGAAUAGCUCAGAAAGGAUGCUAUACUUGUAGAGACUUAGUCAUAGUGGUUCUCCUCUAACAUAUUUGCCAUGUAAAUAUCUAUGGAAAGAACACUUUGUGUAUAUACGAGUUAAAUGACUUUCUAUUUAAAAAUCUCAGAAAUUUAGUUCCAUACUACAUUUUGUCUCACUGAUGGAAUAAAUAGUAUGAUUACAUCACUCCUA